AUGCAUUGGCAGUUAAUUUUAAAAUUUGUUUUUUUAAUAAAAAUUUCGUCUGGUAGUUUGACUCCAUUUUCUUUUUCAAACGGUUUAAGUGAAUUGGUCGAACAAAUAAUAAUUAAAAAUUUUAAUAAUAACAGGUGUAUCACAUUUAUAACAGAUAAUUUUUACGAAUCUAUUUCUUUGCCUUAUAAUCAAUCUUUAUUUAUAAUUUAUUUGAAAAAAAACGAAAAUCUAGAAAAUAUGUUAAUGACAAAUAGUUUCGAACAAGGUUGCGGAGGUUUUAUAAUACAAGUAAAAAAAUCUUGUGCUCGAUUUUUAAUUGAACGUUUGGUUGCCGCCAAAAAAAAAUCCGUCUGCUGUAGAUACAAUAAUCAAAAAUAUAUAUUUCUACCAAAUCAAUAUGAAGACGUGAAUUUAGAUUUGGUUAACUUACCUUAUAUGUAUUUUUUCCCAAAUAUAGCUUUCAUUAGUUUCUUAUUAAAUAACGAAUCGGGAAACCAUUUUUCCAUAUACGGAUCAACUUAUUUUAAUAAUUACAAAUAUAAAAUUCUUAAAGUGACGAGCGAAAUACUGGAUUACUGGUCCUUUCGCGACGGUUUUAAAUACGGAACGAAUUUAUUUCCUGAUAGAAUAAAAAACGUUAUGGGAUAUAAAUUUUUUUUUGCCUCCCUUAAUUAUUCUCCUUUUGGUCUGAUCAUAAACGAAAAUAACAAAACGGUUUUUGAUGGUUUUGAAACAAGAAUCGCUGGUCUUUUUGUCGAAAUAAUAAAUGGCACUUGGGAUGGUUUAAGCCACGACACGUGGGGAGAGGUUUUACCGAAUGGCACGGGAACUGGUAUUUUACGUUCGAUAAUGGAUCGUAAAGCCGAAUUUGGAUAUUCCGGAAUCUAUCAAUGGUUUUGCACAGAUGUAGAUUGUUCUUUUCCUUACUAUCAGUCUGGUGUUACUUGUCUAGUGCCACGACCGGAAUUAGUGUCCGAAUGGCUGACAAUUGUUUUACCAUUUCGAUUAAAUACUUGGAUAGCAUUGGUCUUUGUUUACAUUUUAAACAUAAUUUUUUUUUUAUUUUCCUUAUCGGCUUGGAAUUGUUUGACAGGCUCCAGCAUUUUCAAGAAAAUUGGACGAAAUAUAAACGAUUCAUUUUUUACAAUAUUUAGAAUUCAAAUGGAACAAAUUCCAAAAAUGACUACUUUAAACAAUGCCACAGUUGUUUAUUUAAAAUUUGCAAUACUUUAUUCUUUUUUUAUGGCUGUUUUCUGGCGAGGUGGAAUAUCAUCGAUUUUAACAGUUCCGAGAUAUGAGAAGCCCAUAGAUACGGCUUUGGAUUUAGUAAAUAAAUGGCCCAAAAUUCGAUGGGGAGGAAAUUCAAACCUUUGGGUUCAUUCUAUCAAAAGGUCAACUGAUCCGACUUUAAUACAAAUAGUUAAUAAAUUUGUUUCAUUAGACGACGAUACGUUGAAAAAAAAAACGGAAACGAAAGAUUUUGGAUUUUUUAUUGAGGAAUUACCGCAUGGUCAUUUUGGACACAAUGAAUACAUUAAUGAAGAUGGUAUGAAGUACCUGAGAUUAAUGAAAGAAAAAAUUUACAAAGCUUUUGGAGUUAUUAUUUUACCCAGAGGUUCACCAUUUACCGAAAAAUUGGAUCUUUGGCUUUUACGGAUGUUCGAUACCGGUAUAGUACAUAAAACAGAAAAUCAGGUUGUUGUCGAACGCGCCAAAAACAGAUUACAGAAUAUGAUUGGUUCAUCGAACGAGAAAAAAACCGGUAGCGUAACGUUGGCUCUCAGACACAUUCGUGGUCCUCUUUAUAUUUAUUUUUUUGGGAUAAUUAUUGCUAACGUACUCAAUAGAGGACCUCACGAAGAUUUAAGUAUAAAUCUACGUGUGCACAAAAGGGACAAUGGCAAAAAAAAAAAUUGCACUAAAUAUAUAGAUUUAAUUAAAUGGUUGAAUAACUGUAUGCAACUUGAUUUACUUAGAUCUUGUGCGAUUCAUUGUGUUCAUAAAUCGUAUAAAAUCGUACUGAAAUUGGUGACACUAAUUUGUUGCUACAGCUCCCCAAUGGUUACGUAA